GACCUUGUCAGCCAGAGGUUUUGCAGCGGGCGACCAGCCUCCCCCCCCCUUUAGAGCCAGCUGCCGACAACAGGUUUGUCGGACCCGGGAGAGCACCUCUUCCCCUUGUUCCUUGGCUGCACGGGUCUCCACCAGCACUGGACCAGAAAUGCACUCUCUGCAGGUGUAUCCUCUUACCUUCCUCCUCCUCCUCCUCCUCCUCCUAUGUCUUCAAGUUCCUAGCUGGGCAAAACAUCCCAAAAUUAAGCUGCGCUUGGUGGGGCCCAGGAGCCAAGCAGGUGAAGGGCGGCUGGAGGUGCUGUACAAAGGACAGUGGGGCACAGUGUGUGAUGAUGACUUCAACAUCCAUGUGGCAAAUGUGGCCUGCAGAGAGCUGGGCUAUGAUCAGGCCAUAAACUGGGCUCACAGCGCCAAAUAUGGCUCAGGAGAUGGUCCCAUCUGGCUGGACAAUAUACGCUGCUCAGGUACCGAAAGCUCCCUGGCUGAAUGUGCCUCCAAUGGUUGGGGGGUGACUGAUUGCAACCAUAAUGAAGAUAGUGGCGUGGUGUGCACAGGGCCCCGCCGACUCAAUUCUGCUGCUUCACAUGUCCAGCUGCAGGGUACAAAGGUAGAGGAGGUACGGAUCAAGCCGAUACUGGCCCGAGCCAAAUUAAGCUCUCCUGUCACAGAAGGUGCGGUAGAAGCAAAGAUCCAGGGACGCUGGCGUCAGGUGUGUGAUGCUGGCUGGACUCGAAACAAUACUCGUGUACUGUGUGGGAUGCUAGGAUUCCCCUAUGAAGGACAGGUGGCCACAGGAUUCUACAGGAAACUCUGGAAUCAGAAAAUGAAGGAUCCAAGAUCCAGCCUAAAAAGCCUGAGCAAGAAGAAUACCUUCUGGAUCCAUCAGAUUAAGUGCCUGGGCACUGAGGUUCACUUGGGUCAAUGCAAACUACAUGUGCUUCCAAAAGCUCAGAAUCAAAGUGCCUGCCCACAUGGUAUACAUGCCUUGGUCAACUGUAUAGCAGGUCCUGAAUUCCAGCCCAAGAAAGCCAAACUAUCCAGCCAUAGCAAGCCUAAACAGCAGGAACCCAAGGUGCGUCUCCGUGCAGGUGCACACAUAGGUGAAGGGCGUGUGGAAGUGCUAAUAGGUAACCAGUGGGGCACUGUGUGUGAUGAAGGCUGGAAUCUACUUGCUGCCAGUGUGGUGUGUCGGCAGUUAGGUUAUGGCACUGCACGAGAAGCUCUUUCAGGAGCACAGUUGGGCCAAGGCCUGGGUCCUAUCCAUUUAACAAAAGUGCGGUGCAAGGGACAUGAACCAUCACUGAUGGACUGCAGGUCCCAAAAAGCAGCUCAGACAGGAUGCCGGCAUGACAAUGAUGUUGCUGUCCGCUGCAAUGUGCCCCAAACAGAUGCCCAACAUCAAAUUCGUCUGGCUGGUGGGCGCACUUCAGAGGAAGGUGUUGUGGAAGUCCUGGUGCCCAGAGGAAGUGCCUUCCGCUGGGGUGCUGUGUGUGGGGAACACUGGGGACUCAUGGAGGCCAUGGUUGCUUGUCGACAGAGGGGGCUGGGCUUUGCAAGCCAUGCUCUCCAGGAAACAUGGUACUGGCAAGGCAAUGCAGAUGCUUCUGAGGUGGUGCUGAGCGGUGUGCGCUGUAAAGGCACAGAACUGUCUAUCCUACAAUGCCAGCACCACGGACCCGUGCAUUGUCCUAAUGGGGGUGGCCGUUUUGUUGCAGGAGUCACCUGCACCCAGAAUGCCCCAGAUCUAGUAAUGAAUGCCCACCUGAUACAGGAGACGGCUUAUCUUGAGGACCGCCCAUUGAACAUGCUAUAUUGUGCCCAUGAGGAAGGCUGCCUUUCUGCCUCUGCUGACCGUAUGAACUGGCCAGAGGGGCAUCGACGCCUGCUGCGCUUCUCCUCUCAGAUUCACAACCUGGGCCAGGCUGACUUCCUUCCCAAAAUUGGCCGUCAUGCAUGGAUAUGGCAUGAAUGCCACAGACAUUUCCACAGCAUUGAGGUUUUCACACAUUACGACUUACUGACACUCAAUGGUUCCAAGGUGGCUGAGGGACACAAGGCCAGCUUCUGUCUGGAGGACACCAACUGCCCAGAAGGAAUGCAGCGGCGUUUUGGCUGUGCUAAUUUUGGAGAGCAGGGUGUCAGUGUAGGUUGCUGGGACACAUACAGACAUGAUAUUGACUGCCAGUGGAUAGAUAUCACUGAUGUGCCUUCUGGGAGUUACAUAUUCCAGGUUGUAGUGAACCCUAAGCAGGAGGUAGCAGAGUCUGACUUUUCCAACAAUGCCCUUCGCUGUCAGUGCCAGUAUGAGGGACAUCGUAUUUGGUUGCAUGGAUGCCAUACAGGUGACGAGUAUGGUGCCAUGAUAGAGUGGGAUGAGGAAGCACAACGGAGAUUGAGCAGCAACUUUGUCUAAGGCAAAUAUUCCAGAUACAGCUGGAAUUCCCAAAGAACCCGGAUCCAGAUCUUCUCACAGCUCAAAACAAUUCAGCAUGGGCUAUGGUAGAAUCCAAGCAGAUGCUGGCUAGCACAAGAACUAGACUCUACAGACAGAUUAUUUCAAGACCCUCUUCUCCUCCCCCAGCCAUUUGUCCAGGAUUGACACACACAGUGGUACCACAGACUUUAUGGCUGUGCUGUGGCUAUCACUCCUUUGCGUUACAUUACAUAGUCCAGCUUGUCUGGUCCGCUUUCUCUAUUUAUUCAGCUUGGCAACUAUGGUCAAAUAUGGGACUGAAAUGACCUGAUGGGGGACACUACAGUCUUUCUCAUGCCCAGCUAAGAGAAUAGUACAGAGCAAAGAGGACCAUGCUUUUGCCUUGCUGGCGGAAGGGGUGUGUGAGUAUUGCAACCCAGAAAAACUACCUCAGCCAGCAUCAUCUGCUGACAAGCUUUUAUCUCAGGAGCCUGGUUCAUCUCAAGACAUAUCAAACCAUCUCAUGACAUAUCAUUGUUUUCAGCCCCAUAUUCCCCUUUGCCACAAAGGCAUACAACAGCAUGCAACAUGCCAGUAGACCCAAGCAUCCAUACCCACCUUACCUCUGGUGCAGAAGAGCUUCAUCCUGCCAUGGAUGUAGAUACCUCCAGAUCCAAAAAUUCAAGUCAGACCAAAGGAUGCAGAAAAGGCACCUAUGAACCCUUCUGUAAGAAGACACUACUUGGGCCAUGCUAUUAGUUUAAAUAGUAAGAGAUUAGGGAAGUGGGACAGUAUUAUUAACUAUGGAGUUAGUAAUGUGCAAUGAAUUGUGAUGGUUAAUAGGGAGUGUAAAAUACUAUUUGGGGAUCACCUGCUCAGGGAAGAAUCACGAGCCUCUCCCAAGAAAAACAAAAGGUGAAAUUUUGUACAAUUUAUGAAGUUUGACCCUGCCAAUAAAAGGCUUUUUGAACCACA